CUCCAUGGCUCAGAACACACCUUAAUCGCAGACUGGUGGAGUUUGCACAGACCAUUCCGAGCAAUGUUGGAAUCAAGUGAGGAAAAGACCCAGCAUUCCUGUUUCUGAUUACUAUUUAUCGAUGCCAGAAGACAGUGAAGCUUAACUGGGAUGCUCAAGACCAUUGAAGAACUUACUGGCACUCACAAUCUAGGACUGCAUGAAAAAUAGCAUCAUGGUUCAGCUAUUUAGGAGGCAGCUGAGAUCUGCACAACUGUAACCCAGCAGAGAGUUGCCACCUCCUAGAGAAGAUCAGUGAACAAACCAGCAACUAAAAAGAAGAGAUCCUUUCCUGGUGGCUCUGUUUACACAGUUCAAUAAAUAUGGAUUUCAGAACUAACCAUGAAAAUACACUGAACAAAGACUUUCAUAGAAAUGUGAUUUGGGCAAAUUAUCCCUCAAUUGUCGCUCAGCUUCAGAUGUCACCAGCGAUCUACAGACUUCUCCAGGAAAAAGGAAUUCUGCCUGACCAACAGAUCCAAAUAAUCCAGAGGGAAUGUAGCCAAGAGCUUAAAGUUGCAAAACUGCUUUCACUGUUAGAAGGAGAAGGAUGUUGGGUCUUGGAGCCAUUCUUUGAUCUGCUGAAUGAGACAGGCUAUGUUCAGUUGGCCAAAGUCUUACAAAGCACAGCAUUAACAAAGUGUCAAGCAAAGCAGGAAGAUUCUGGUAAUAAAAGCAAACUAUGGAAUCAAAUGCAGACACUGGAGCAGGAACUAGAGAAGGGUUACAUGGAGGAGUCACUUACCCUCCAAAGAACACUUGAAGACAUGAAGAGAGAAUAUUUACUGCGACUGCAGGAUUUGGAAAAUGAGUUUGUCUUCACUGAAAGGGAGCGGGAUGUGGCCAGAAGGGAGCGAAAUAUGGCCUUGCAAGAGAGGGAAUUACUAUUGAGACAGAACAAAGAGCUUCUGAAAACAUUAAAACAUGUGCGUCAAUCCCUGGAACAACAGGAAAACAAAUGGUACGGAGCAGACCAGACCAGUCAGGCACUGGCUUAUAUGGUACCCAUGAGAAACAAGUGGAAUUUAUUUCCAGUGGUCCCAGCAAAACUUAAUAUUCCAUUUGUUUUUCCUUAGGUUCAUAUGUUAUUCAUAUUCUUGCAUGAAAUCGUAUUUGAAAGAAGCAACUCACUUUCCUUUGGUUUGUAUCUAAUCUGCGCAUUUCUUUUGUACCUUGUCGAAAUUUUACCCAGCAUAUUUCCUGAUGCUCCUCUAAAGUACAAUUUAAAAAAAACUCACUUUGCUAAUCUUUUGAAAUGAUCAGACUCAAAUUGUAUAUUAAUAUAUAGCAUGCACCAGCAGAUCUUCUGUGCUGUAGUUCCUGAUGAGUAGAAAUGUAUGCUGCAGUUUUCUGAAUGAAGUGUGACAGGUGUGAUAAUUUCAAGUUUACUCAAGAUUCUUUACACAUUAUGUAAAUACUGCAAGCAGAUGAAAUAAAGCAGUG